AUGACCGGCCGGCUCGGCUGGCGGUUCUCUGGCUGUCCCCUGCUGUCCCGCGAGGCUGACGUAAUCGCGGCAAAGAAUUCAGUACCAAAAGAAAAGAUCGGCGUAGAUCCGCAAGCAGCAGCCAUGAGGCGGGCAGAGCUCGGUCUCGGGUUGAUCCUCAAGCCACGCUCGUUCGUCAUCAGUUCUCCAACACAUGCCCUCCUCCCAAGGCCAUUCGACAAGCUCCUUCAAAACAACUCGUCGUAG